AAAAGAUCUACUGUAGGUCAGUGACUCUACCGAUCCAUCGAAGGACACGUGGAGAAGAAUGGACCCAAUGGAUGUUCUUUUGUGGUUUUCUAUUGCAACAAGUGUAUUGGCAGCUUCCUUUGGAAGAUCCAUAUCAACAAGUCGUUCAGACAUCCUACGUCGCCGUAGAAGCGGUUUUGAGCGUCUCGUCAGGGCCGAAUUACCAAAGUCAAUGACAAUGAUAAGAAGACUGAGCGAAAUCGUACCGAUUGACCAGAUGGAAUUAAUAAUUGAAAGCAUUAAAUUAUACGGAACAGAGUGUCCAGGAAGUAAAGAGGACCUUCCAGUGAAUGGACCAGUUUAUGCUAGAUCAAAUUGUCCUUGGUAUUACGAGCUCCACUAUGACCCUGACAGAUUUCCUGCGUCACUUCCGCAGGCCGUCAGUAAAUGUAGAAGUCAGUGCCUUGGACUACCUGAUGAGAUCGUAGACGAUUUUACAUGUGAGUACGUCUACAAUAACGUAACAGUUCUAGUGAGGGACAACCAGAACGAUACCCUACGCUUUAUAGAAAAGGUUCAGCGUAUUGCCGUCGGAUCGACAUGUGUGAAAAAAAUAGUGACAGUAUAGACGUGUUCAGAUUCGAAAUUUAUAUGAUUCCGCGAAUUGCAGUCGGACCGAAGUAUAUGAAAAGACAAACUACCUGAUAACGUUAGACAAUAUUGUGUAAGUAAAAUCCUUGAUCACAUCACUUAAAGAUAUAUAUUUCAAGUAUAAGAUCAAAGUGUAAUGCAUUGUA